GACCUGCGGCCUGGCUCUGGCCGUCUCCAUGGCGACCAGAGGCUGGGAGGAGCUGGAUGGAGGCCUGGGCAGCUGCCAGGCUGGUGAGGACCUCUCUGCGCUGGCUGAGCCACAGGACAACGGGGCUCCAGUGACGCCCAGGCUGGCCGACCCCAGCAGCUGGCCCCACGACACUCAGGAGCCCAUGGCUGAAGGUGGCGGUGUGGAUACCAGGCCCAAGAAGACAGAAAAGGAGCCUGCGGCCAGGGGGGCCCCAGGAUCAGGGAAGGAGAGGCUGAAAUCCGGAGCAACCCCUCGGAGCGCCCCUGCGCGCAAGAAGGCGCAGGCGGCGCCGCCCCCGCAGCCGCCGCCACCGCCCCCGGCCCUGAGCGAGGAGCUGCCCUGGGGAGAAAUCACGCUCAACAAGUGCCUGGUGCUGGCCUCGCUGGUGGCGCUGCUGGGCUCGGCUUUCCAGCUGUGCCGCGACGCCGUGGUUGGAGAGGUGGUCGCCCCCGCGCCUGCCCCGGAGUCGUGGGUCCCUCCAAGCUCAGCCCCAAAAGAGCCAGAGGCACCCCCGCCUAAGCCCACGGCCUGGGCACCCCUACCCCGGCCGCCUGCACCCCAGGCGAAGCCAGGGGACAAGCCCGAGAUUCCCGGGAGUCAGGAGGCUGCAGAGGACGAGGAGGAACCCGGCGAGGACCGCGCGCCCCUCGCAGACCCAGGGCCCAAGAAGAGGUCGAGGAAGGCGGAGAGGCCGAGAAGGGAGGAGAGAAAGCAGGAGAGGAAGGCGGAGAGGCCGCGGAAGGAGGAGAGGCCGAGGAAAGAGAGACCGCGGGCAGCCAGGGAGCCCCGGGAAGCCGAACCCCGGCGCUGGGAGGCGCGCGAAGGGGGCCGUCGGCCGUGGGCGCGGGACUCCAGGGACGCGGAGCACAGGAAGAGGCAGGCCUGGGCCUCCCCGCGGCGCCCCGACGAACAGGACCGGCCCCAGGGCCGCCACAAGCACCGCGCAGGCAAGGGGCGGGACUGA